AUGCUGCAAGCUAUCCGCCAGUUAGACGGUAGUGACGUCCUUGUUAUUCAAGACCAAAUGGACGUGACAUGCGGUAUCGUGAUGCAAACAAAUGUGCAGAAGUUGAUGUUCGAGCGCUGGGGCGACACGCUUACGAUGGAUUUCACUCACGGCACGAACAAUUUGGGCUAUCACUUG